GGACAAGAUUGGAAGGGGGGGCGCAUCGGAGCCAGGUCGCCCCUCUCGCGCCGAUUCGAGCAGUUGAGCCCCAAUCCUUUGGCUCGGGUUAAGCAGCGAGGAGUUGCGAUUCGAUGUCCGAAGCGGCGACGCGGCAGUAAAGCCAAGGACAAGAAUAACUCGCCAUGCCGCGACGGGUUUACCAAUGAUUAUCGGGACUCUGAGUGAGCGAGAGCGAUAUGGAGCACAGUAUCCCGGCCGCACAGUUAUACUUUUGUUUCUUCGAGCAGCACGCUUUCAUGUUUGCCGAUUUUACCGGGAGCCGGUAGAAAGCCUAAAGCACACCGGCGCCGUCUCUGCGUGCGUGCCAGAGCGGGCUGCGGGACGCAUUGUAGACUGCCAUUGCCAAAGACACAAGACACAAAGAGGCAUUUCUGCCACCGUAUCGUACUGUAACACAUGUAUUCACGGGCCUCCGGUCGGAGAAUGGAUGCCGGCAAAAGGUCCGCCAACGCAUUCCAUCUUCCAACAGGUGGCGGCAAGCCCUUCCUCCCAAGGCGCAUUGGCCAAUGCGAGGCGCGGAAUGGCCAGAUGCGAUUUCGUCCGAAGAUCCUUCUACACCGUUAGCCCAGCAAAAAGGAAUGGCCGGUGCCUUAGCCGUGGUCGUUCCUUUCUGGGCGCAAUGUUUCGAAUGCAACGUCUCGACGUCUAGAAGGCUACCCCCCUACUAGGAGCAAUGGCUUGGGCCUAAACAAGACACUUGAACUGUGUGCUAGCUAGCAAAAAUAGGAGAAGUCGAAGCAACUCGCACUCGCGCUUGUGUCUGCUAAGCAUUCUGAGCAUCGAAUAGCAUUAG